CGUCUUUUUGAGGCCGAUCCCAGUGGAUUGUUUUCCCGAAGAUUGUUGUUGCUUGUCUUUUCUGGAAUACGGGCUGCUGAAUCGAUCACCCGCGGACAAGAGAUAAGCCGAAAAAAAAAAGAAAAGAACAAAAACAACUGGAACCUCUCCGCUCUUUGGAAUCGCUGUCCUGUCGUCGUCUUUUUUUUUGGUUCUCUCGCCCACAAUAUUUUGACGAUAAAUGAUUCAAUUCCUGGUUCAACAUGGCGACUACUACAGCGACAGCCACGGCCACCACCGCCGAUUCUGAUUCUCAGAGCAAGCGUAAGGCGUCCACCGCUGGUCUCUCGGCCAAUUCUCGGCCUGUGAAAAGACGUGCGUCAAAGGCCUGCUGCUGCUGCCGAGCACGCAAGGUUCGUUGUGAUGUGGUCGAAAAUGGUUCUCCUUGCACCAACUGCCGGUUAGACCAGGUGGAAUGUGUGGUGACGGAAAGCAAGAGAAGAAAGAAAUCGCGCGUUGAUGUAGAAAAUACCAACAACUCCGCGGAUUCGCCGAUCGAGGCGCCCGACGAACCGCAUGUGCACUUUAGAAGACCGAGUGAGACUCACGGUCUGUUGGAGGGCAUUCCUGAAUCGCCCUCACAACGUUCGGUAGACUUGGAUGCCGGGCAUCAUAUGCCCCAUCUGCUUUAUCAAAAACAAGUCAAUCGUAUCGGCGCGGAGGAUCGGUAUCGCAGACGAAUGGCUCCUAACCCAGCCGUGCCUGAAACCCUUCCCAUGCAAAACAUGACUGCGCAGAUUCGCCAGUUACUGGAACCUUCGUUCUCUCCCGCGAGUGGAUUUCUCCCGGACUACAUCAGAGGCCUUCCCCCCCGUCUACAAAAGGAAGAUAUUGACUAUCUGGCCACCAAAGGAGCUCUAACCGUCCCGGACCUGACGCUGCGGAAUGAACUACUGAAGAGCUACAUCCACUAUGUCCACACAUAUAUGCCUCUCUUGGAUCUGGAAGAGUUUCUACAAACCAUCGCCCGGAAUGACGGCAUCCAUCGCAUGAGUCUGCUGCUAUUCCAGGCCGUCAUGUUUGCCGGGACAGCAUUCAUUGACCUCAAGCACCUCCUAGCAGCCGGUUAUCCCAACCGCAAGGCCGCCCGGAAAGUGUUUUUCCAACGAGCAAGGCUGCUCUACGAUUUUGACUAUGAAGUCGACCGGAUCUCCCUGGUCCAGUCGCUACUGCUGAUGACCUACUGGUACGAAACCCCGGAUGACCAGAAGGACACUUGGCAUUGGAUGGGCGUCAGUCUGUCGCUGGCCCACACCAUCGGACUUCAUCGCGACCCGGGAAAUUCUCGUAUGGACCUGCGGCGCCAGCGGAUGUGGAAGCGUAUCUGGUGGAGCACCUACACCCGUGACCGGUUGAUUGCCCUGGGAAUGAGGCGCCCGAUGCGCGUCAAAGACGAUGACUGCGACGUACCAAUGUUGACGCUGGAUGAUUUCGAAUUCCACCCGUUCCCUCCUGAGAUAGUGAGCAUGGUCGGCGAUUCGGAGAUCCUUCAAAACGUGAACCACCAACGGGAGCUGGCUCUCAUGUUCAUCGAGAAGGCCAAGCUGUGCCUGUGCGUUAGCCAUGUCCUGUCGGCCCAGUACUCGGUACUCAGUCACAAGUUUGGCGGCACGAUGGAGACAACCAUGAUGCUUGUCCCGAAGAAAUCGGCCGCCGAAACCUUUGAGGUGAGGCGCUGUGAUCAAGAGCUCGAGAGUUGGCUGGCAAACCUCCCCGCGGAGAUUCAAUACUCGCCCUCGAUGACGAGGAAGCUGCCCGAGGCGCAAGAAGUUUUGCAUUCCCAUCGCGCGCUCCUCAAGAUGAUCUAUCUCACCACCUCCAGCGCCUUGCAUCGCCCUCAGGUCCUGCCCGCCUCACCCUACCCCUCCACGGAUGCAGAGCUACAGGAACUGUCCCGGGGUAAGGUGCGGUUUGCCGCCAUUGAGAUCACCAAUAUCGCCCAAGACCUACACGUGCUGGACCUGACCCGGUUCUUCCCGACCACCGGCGUGACGGUCCUGCUCCCCGCGGUCAUCAUUCACCUGCUGGAUAUCAAGUCCAGCGACCCCAACGUGCGGAUGACCAGUCUGCAACGAUUCUACCAGUGCAUGCGGAUCCUGCAACGGUUGCGUGAGAUCUACGCCUCGGCGGACUUUGCAACAUCCUUCCUGGAAGCCGCCAUCCGCAAGGCAGGCAUCCAGCUGACUGUAGCUCCUCAGGAGGUGCAGCGGUUGAACGGCAACAGCAACAGCAGCAGCAGCAGCAGCAACACCGUCAGCGACGGCACCCUUCGCAUGCACACCUUGACCCCGCCGCCCGAGUCUCUUGCCCAGAAAUUGCCUGAUCUAACCUAUCCGAAGCCGCCGAGCGCAAGGACCGCCCCGAGAUUCAUCGGCGGUGAUCUCGAGCGCGGCCUGCCGUUCGCCUCCACCCCGCCAGACUCGGACAGCAGUGAGAACGGCAGCACGCAGAACAUCAACCCGAACUACAUGCCGGACACAUUCACCAUGCAGAAUAUGGUGAACCCGGACCACCUCAGCCUGACAGAGCUGAUGGACCUCGCCAACGACGCAGAGGUCACCCAGAACGAUUUCGACGCCCUGAUCAACUUUGACGACGCAGGGGCCGAUUUCUUCGCCGCCGACGACGGCCUCAACCUCGACCCUACUCUAGAUGCAUCUUCGUCAUCGUCGUCAUCUCUUGAGAAGCCAGCCGCUACCGCUACCGCGUAUGGCUUUGACAUCGGCGUCGAUCUAGGCCUCGACGCUGACAAGACCCUAGAUUUCCAUGGUCUAUCUAAAACUAGCACCAGCACUAACCAUCCAUCCGCGGAGAAAUCCAUGGCUCUCAUUGCCGAAGUUGAGAAAGAGCUAGCAUUCUGAUCCGUGGAGUUCAGGUUCGGAACUUUGAUUUGACGGCUUUUUGUUCGCCGUGCAGUCGGACUGCAUGGUGGAGUCUUUUGCAUAUUCUGUAUCAUGAUGAUUUUGGACGGCCGGAAAAAAGGGUGUACAUAUGGCGUCGGGCGGUAGUGAGAUUUUUUUUCCUUCUUUCCUUUUUUUUUUUCUCAUGACCACCAACUUGAAUCAUGUACAUAGAUUCUAGAAUUGGAUAAUAAUGAUUCCUUGAUUGCCU